UCCGCGCGACGUGGCGACUCGGAAUCGUCAUGUGUAAAGCGUAUAGGGAUGAAAACUCCGCGCGCGCGCACAGAGCAGGGCAGAACUGUAAGCAUGCUGCAUCUGAUGUGUGGCAGUGUGUUUGGGUGUGAGCGUUUUUUGGUGUGAAGAGCUGCACAGCUGCUGCAAGUUUGAGAAGCAGAACAGCUGGAUUUGCGCAUGACUUGUACUCUUAAUUACUCUUUGGAGAGAGCAAUCAGGGUGUGUGCAGUGUGUGUGUGUUUGUGUUUGUGUAUCUGCUGUACUUUGACUCUGUGAGCAGGUCCAUGGGUCACUGCAGUGUGAGGCUGUGAUUUGGACUGUCAUGAUGUGGCAAUGUGUGUUCACUCGGAGACACAGAACAGGAACCUCUGCUGAACUUGUGACAGGUUACUGUGGCUGGCUUUAACACUGAGCUAAUAAUGGAGCCUAGAGGGCAGAACUGGAAUGAACAGUGGCCACAGAGCCAGCGCUCAGAUCACAGAGUCAGAGAUGAGCAGUACAGGUCUCAUCACACAGGAAAACAAGGCCAUUACCCUCCUCCAGAUGGAAGGGACAGCGAGAGACGAUGGUAUGCUCCAGAUCCGCGCUACAUGUACUACAUGAGCGGUCCUCCUCCUGCAGAGUUUAGCACUGCAUACAGCAGCCAAACAUACACACCCGACCGAGCUCGAUCACAGUCCAGGCAGGGAUAUGAUUAUCCCCCCCAGAACUACUGGGACUACAGGAAUGACUAUGGCUAUUACGAUCAUGGCUACUACAGAGGCCAUUAUGGAUACCCAGCAGCCUCAGAUGCCAGUGGAUGGCCGGUGCAGGGAUGGAGGACAGAGGGGCAUCAGGAGUGGUCAGGAGCCACAUACACACAUCAGCAUGGGUACGAGCUCAGAAGAGACAGUGGACAGUUUGAUGGUGGUGUUUCUGUGAGAGAAAGCAUGGACACCAGGAACGAAGCCGAAGAGGUGUCUGAACCUGGAGGCCUGGCCAGCUCUAAAACCUCCGGCCUGUCAUCCAGCACCUAUGAACUUAGCCAGUACAUUAACGGAGAAGAGCAGAGCAAUGCUCCACCUCCAGCUCACUCAGAGGCUGAGUCCAAGUCAGUGGUUCCGCUGAAGUUCUGUGUUCCUCAUGUGGCUUUGAGCUUUGGACCUGCAGGGCAGCUGGUGAGAGUCACCCCAGCUUUGCCAUCACAUGGAGAACCUGCUCAGGUGGAGCUCCACAGUCUGGAGGUUAUACUGAGUGACACACGUGAGCAGAAUGAUAUGAGAGGCUUUCCUGGACCACUGGCGAGGGAAGAUCUGCAUAAGGUGGAUGUCAUUAACUUCGCCCUGCAGAUGGCUGAUGCUUGUCUGAAGGAUGGAAGCACCCUCAGGGCUUCCUCUGCCUCCCUCCUGUGGCAUCUGCUGGUACUGCUGUGUAGACAGAAUGGGAGAAUCGUGGGUUCAGAUAUUGCAGAACUCCUGCUUCGAGGAAGCCACUCUGUAGGAGCGUGUGAUGGAGAUGGCAAGCAGUCAUCACUUGUGGGCAGCCUCAUUGAUCUGAAUGAAACUCCAACAUCAGAGACAGAGAGCUUCAACACUUCUGAUCUCCUAACUGGAAACCCACUCAGUAAUGAAGAGGCUUCAGAACAAAACAUCCAGAACUACACCAAACUCCUGCUGGCUGGAAGAAAGAAGGUCCUUCUCUUCCUAGCUCUUACUGUGGAAGCACUGGAGUCAGCCAUGCGGAGUGGCUUAUGGGGUCACGCUCUGUUUCUGGCCAGCAAGAUGGACAGUAGGGCCUACAACACUGUACUGAGCAGGUUUACGGGGAGUCUGUCUUCUAGUGAUCCACUCCAAACCCUUUUCCAGUUCCUUUCUGGGAGGAUCCCAGCUGUUGCCACGUCCUAUAGUAAGGAGAAGUGGGGUGAUUGGAGGCCUCACCUUGCUGUUAUGUUAUCCAAUGAACCUGGAGAUUCUGCUAUGCACUACAAGUCCAUUGUCAACUUGGGUGACACCCUAGCUUCCAGAGGCCUGCUGCAUGCCGCUCACAUCUGCUACCUCACGGCUCACACACCCUUCGGCUGGUACACAAACAAAGCACAGCGUCUGGUGCUACUGAGCAGCAAUCAUAGUGCUUCCUUUGCUGACUUCUGUCAUAAUUCAGCCAUUCGCUGCACUGAGGUGUUUGAAUACUGCCAGAGACUGGGAAACCCGUCCUUCAUCAUCCCUUCUUUUCUGGUGUAUAAGUUCCUGUACGCAUGUCGAUUGCUGGAUUGCGGUCUGUUCUCACAGGCCUUCCAUUACUGUGAGCUUGUAGCCAAAGCUCUGCUCACAAUACAAGAGCCACACAUCAUACUGCUACAGGAGGUUAUCAAGAUGGUGGACAGACUUAAACACUCUGAAACACAGAUCAGUGAGACAGGCGCUGAUCCAGACUGGCUGUCUCUCCUACGUCAGCGUCUACAGGACCUGCAGAUGGGGAACUCAGGCAGUAAUGGUUUGAACCUCUCAGCUGUUGAAGCCACUGCUUGGGUGGGAGAGGAGAACAGGGAGUGUGCAGAUCUUAACCCAGAUGAACUUUCCACCACUGAGAUGAUCCACACUUCUCUUACUGAGGACAGUCCUAGUGGUUCAGGAAAUGUGCAUGACAAUCAGUCUCAGUCUGCAGCACAUCCCCAUUCUUCCUACCCUUCAGACCAACAGUCUUAUUCCACUUACUCCCCAGCAGAACACUCUUACCCCUCUUACCCCUCAGAAGAACAGUCUUACAUCCCAGAAACACAAACAUACGCUCCUGAAGAGCAGUUUCCUCAAAUCUAUGCUCCAGUUCCCAUGUAUUCCCAACAGAAUCUGGUCUCUUCCGAAUUCCCACCAAUUCAUGCAGUUCAGGACAGUGUUAAUCAUCCUGACACAUCGUACCAUCAGUCUGUUUCCAGUCUGGAUCCAGGGAGCCACAAUAAUACAGAUGGUAAUUUCACCACUGGUAAAAACAUGAUAGAUGCUCCUGAAAAGGGAACCACUCUUGAUAGUGCUGAUCUGGGCAUGACAACACCUACCAAGGAUAAUACAAAGGAAACCAGCAGUCAGAAAAAAGAAAAGCAGGAACCAAAGUCAGGGUGGUUUAGUGGAUGGUUCAAGUCAAAGCCUAAAGAAACUCCAGAGGACCAAAAUGAACAACCCAAACCUGCUCUCAUGGAGUCAACACCCAUUCCUACCUUCCCUACUCCACCAAAGGUCUCUUUCACAAUGCUGCCAUCACAGACCCAAGCUUCUGGGAUCAAUCCCUUUUCUAGGAGAGCUGGUCAAAAGCCAGGUGCAUCUAUGGGCCAGGGUCCCUAAUGCAGCUCUGCACAUGGUGCUGCUCUCUUCAUGGGAGGCUUACAGGCCGUGUCAACCUGCUGAGUCUGGAUCACAACAUCUCAGCAUUCAACAUCAAACAGAAACCCAAACGACCCCAAGGGAACCAGAAAUCAUGGUCAUCACCCAGUAUUUUUUGGAGGGCCACAAAUUAAUUAUUUAUGCCAUUUGAGAUACUGCACUAGUGCAUUUGAAAUAAAAGGACUUAGACUUUCCUGUCUUUUACUGAAGAAAUGGACCAGCUGAGAGCUGGAGCUAAUAGUGAUGAUAGCAGUAGGACCCUUGAAGUGGGGAGCUGUUGAGUAGCUGUGGAGUUGGACAAGGCUUGAAAUAUCACAACAGCUUUGGUUUCAUCCUAUGAGCUCCAUUUUUAUGAUUAUGCAACAGAUUUCAGGAAUGCACAAAAUUGGGCAACAAGUGCAUGAUGCAAGUUCCAGGUUUAUGAUGCAAAAAAGCCAUACUCCUUAUAUUAGCUGUCUCACUAAAUUUUGUGGAUUUGGUGCUGUGAAAGGAACAAAAUGCAAAACUAUCACAUUUCAAGCAUUUUGUAUAUGAAAAUAUGUCUAAUCUGUUUAUCACAUUAAUUGUAACUUUUUUGAAGUUAUGAUGCAAUUUCCACACUUUUGAAUCAAUUGAUCAAAUAUUUAAUUUCUCUAGAAGAGGGCAAGUGCCAGAUGAUGAAUUUAAAAUGGUUCAGAAGUAUCUUUAUAGUAUUUUUUUUUAAUCCAAGAUGACCAAAAAUGAAUGGAAGUCAUUUGAAUGCUGCUGUUAACUUCUGAACACACUUCUUUUCGAUCUUCUGUUGCUGAGAAGCUCAUAUUCUCUAGCAUGCAUUUGGAAAGGAAUCCUGGUCCUUGGCAGGGGUUCAACUGGGAUUUGAUUUGGUUUUCUAGAUUGUGAGGUUUAGGAUCAAAUUAUAUGAAAAUACCAUUUCUGGCAAAGAUACAUUAAGAGUAAGAACUUUUAAAUGAACAAAUUAUAUACAUUUUGCUUUAAUGAUCAAAUGUAUACACAGCAUUUAAUAAAUAAAUGCUUUAAUAAAUGCUGUGACUGAAAAAAAAUAUAUUUACAAUUCUGAAAUGAAUUCCAGUUACAAUGUGAUUGUGAGCUGUUCAGUUUAUGGCAAUAUCAAAGAUUUUCAUAGUUUUGUACAUAAUGUUUUGUGACUGAGCAUAUCAAACUAACUCUUUAUUAAAUGAAACCAAUUACUAUUUGUAUUUUCAGAAUAUCUUAGAUUUGUAAAUUAAUUCAUUGUGUGUUUGUUUUAUACUGUAUAUGCUGAACAGUUAAUGUAUUAUUACAGAAAUUCAUAGCAUUUUUUUCUUGCACUAAGACAAUUAAUAUAUGUCACACAGUAUUACCUUUUGGCCUUGGAUAAUGGGAGUAAAUAAAAGGAAGACUCCAUAUUAUGUGCCUUAUACUGGUACUAUAUUGAGCUAACCACCAUGAGAGUGACUGUGAGCAUAAUUUACAUUCCUCAGGGAAUUUUCCAAUUAGGACAACAGAAUUCCACAAGAUGGAUGAUGGCUCCUUUUACCAUGCGUCUGCACAGCGGGAGUCAGCUGGGGCCAAGUGUCAGCGAGAGAGAGAGAUGAAAAUAUUCUGUCGACAGAAGGGCCUCCUUUCACUCUGCUUUAUGUU